AAGCUAAAUUAGCCCAUCCAAAUUGGCGUCAGAGAGAAUCGAACCUCAGACCUCAAGAGGAGCACACUCCCAGGUCCCAAGCCAAUACCAAUGCACCAACCCAAGUGGGCUCACAAAACUUAUGUUAGUAGAUGAGCUCAAAUAAGUCGUUUCAAACAGGUCCUUAGUAGGUAAAGUUGUGAGGUUAUGUUUUAGAGAUAGAGGUAGGAACCUUGAGGAAUACUCCUGCCGGUUCUUAUUAUAAGCAAAUUUGACAUUUUUUAUACAUUGAAAAAUUGAUGUAUUUGGUCUAUAUUAUGGAGCAGAAACAUCACACUUUUUUAAUGUACCAAAAAUGUCAAAUUUGCUUAUAAUAGUGACCGGAGGGAGUAGUUCUUUAGAGUAUUUGGUUGAUAGAAUCUUGUGUUGGUGCUACCUUUUUGGAAAUUGAGAGUGAUUAGAAUUCAGUGGGUGAACCGUUGUAUCUGUAAGGAUAGUGGAGACUUGCGAGUAGAAGAUUGGUUCUGUUGGGGCAAGAGGAUCCCAUACGUUGUGGGUAAUUUUAGAAUUGUGAUUUCACACAGUCAUCAUGUUGGUUCACCAUUGGAUUGAAUUGAUUCCUUUCAGUUGCCACAGUCCUGCAUUCACACAGUCACUUUGUUGGUUUGCAGUUGGAUAGAGAUCAAAAGUUUAUUUUGGCAACCCAAAGCAGACGCAACAAUGGUUGUUUCGGAGAAAGAGGUAACGAAACUAUACAGAGUCCACAGAACGAUUUUAGAAAUGUUAAGAGACAGAAACUACCUUGUCCUAGACUCUGAGGUAAACAUGUCCAUUGAAGAGUUCAAAGCAAAGUUCGGCGAAAACAUGAAGAGAGUAGACCUCACUAUUUUGAAAGCCAAUAAAGACGAUCCUUCUGACCAAAUCUAUGUCUUCUUUCCUGAUAAUAACAAAAUUGGUGUCCAGGUUGUUACAACUUAUCGCAACCGAAUGAUCACCGAUAAUGUCCGUAGAGGUAUUCUUGUUCUUCAGGUGCAAGUCAGUUCCAAAGCUCGAGCGGAGCUCGCGAACUUGUCCGCCAAAGUUCGCAUGGAGGUCUUUAUGGAGGAUGAAUUGCUGGUGAACAUAACACAGCAUGAGCUUGUGCCGAAACAUCAGGUGCUCACCGACGCUGAGAAGAAAGAGUUGCUCAAGACAUACACUUGCCAAGAAACUCAGCUACCUAAAAUGCUGAUAACGGAUCCUGUUGCGAAAUAUUAUGGACUAAAUCGUGGACAAGUUGUGCGGAUAACCCGGCAAAGUGAGACUGCAGGAGUUUAUAUUACAUACCGAAUUGUUAUAUAAGAAUUUCCUUCAGUUCAUCAGCUAGACUACUUUUGCAAUAUGUUAAUUAUUUAUGCAAAGCAUGCACACAAACACAGAGACUGCAGGCAUUUAUGUUACAUACUGAAAAUUGUUGUAUAAGGAUUUCUUUGAGCUCAUCAGCUAUACUACUUUUGCAAUAUGUUACCUACUAAUAUUUAUGCAAAUCAUGCACAUUAACAUGGUGACUUUAUAACCUUUA